AUGUUGGCCAAAAAAGGGCCUUUAGCAAAAGUUUGGCUUGCUGCACAUUGGGAAAAAAAAUUGUCAAAAGCUCAGGUUUAUGAGACAGAUGUUGUUGAUGUUGUCAAUGAAAUUAUGCAACCUAAAGUAAAGAUGGCUUUACGUACCACUGGUCAUCUACUUCUUGGUGUUGUUAGAAUAUAUUCAAGAAAGACUAAAUAUCUUCUUGCUGAUUGUAAUGAAGCUUUUUUAAAAAUUAAAAUGUCAUUUAAAAGUGGAGAGGAAGAACAUAUGAUGUCUGAAAUAUCUAGUGUUUCUGGUGUUAGUUCCAGUUUACCGGAGGUUAUGCAAGAUUUUGACAUUACUAUACCUGAAUUUAAUGAAUAUGAUUUACAAAAACAAAUGCGUAUUAAUCAAAGUCGUAUUGAUGAUAUUACUCUUAAAGAAGAUAGUGUUCCUACAACAACUGGUUUUGAUAUCUCUGAAGAUUUUGGAGGAGAUGAUUUUGGCGAUAGAACAUUAGGAUUAAGAUUUAGUGAGUCAGAUGCUCAAGAAAUUGAAAGACACCGUGAACGUAGUUUAUCUAAUCAUUCUGCAUUAGCUGGACAGAUGGGAGAUAUAUCUGAAAUUAAAAACAUGGAAGAUAUGCGCGAUUCUGUACAUAUUGAGCUUCCAUCAAGUGGAGGAUUUGGAGAUGUUUUUAUGAGUGAGAAUGAUUUGAUUGGAGAAAUUGAAAGCCUUAAAGAACCAGGCGCUGAAUUUGAGGAUAAUCAUGUACCUAUGGAGGCUGAACUUACCAAUGGAGAAAAUUCAUUACCUCAAUUAGAUAGUUUCAACUUGGAACCUUUACAUCCUUCUCAAAUUGAGACUGUAAAUAAAUUGCCAAAAUCUAAAAAAAAGAGGAAAUUAAUAGUUGAUGAGGUAAAAAUUUUGUCAGGAGAAGAGAUGAAAGCAAAUAUGUCUGAUUUUUCUGCUACAAUUCAACCUCUUGAUUUAGCUCCUCCAUCAAAAAAAUUAAUGAGAAUGGUUGAAUAUGGUCAAACUGAUAAAUUAUUUAGUAAUCCUUUAAUGAAGGAUAUGGUUGAUACUGAGUUACAAAGUUUUUAUAAAAUGUGUUGUGUAACUAGAACUAAGGAUGAUGUCUUUGAUGGAGCUUCAAUUGCAACUGAUCUCGAGUUAAGCGAUGAUAUAGAUUUAGCUGAACUUCCUAAUAAUCAAACAAUGGAAGGAUUUGAUGAAUUUGCUGAAGUUAUAUCACCAUCUAUGACACCACUUCAAGCAACGGAAAAUUUAGAUGUUACAUUGAUGCAUGAAGAAGAAAAUAGUAAAGGUGAGAAAGAAUUAGAUAAAAGAAAUGAAAUAAAAUCUCCUGAAGCAAAAAGAAGAAAAUCUAGAAAUGUUACAGAUAAAUCUUUCAUUGAUGAAGAAGAUGAUGGUGAUGAUAGUGUUAGAUGUUCCCGUAGAACUCAUGCUAUUUUAAAUUCUAUCAAUAAUAAAUUUAAACAUUCUGAAAAUAAUGAGAUUAUUUUUACGGAUUUACUUACUAAAUCAAGUUCUCGUAGAACAAUUGCUCAAAAGUUUUAUGCAUUAUUGGAAUUGACAAAAAAUUUAGCAAUAAAAGUUGACCAAGAUGAACCUUACGGAGAGAUUAUUAUUAAACCAGGACCACAGCUGUCUAAUAUUCUUGCUAAUUAA